CAGGAAGCAUUUUCUCAACAAUUACUUCGUGCAUGUAUCUCUGCGGGAUGGUCUUUCAAUUUUCAAAAACUCUUUCACGAUUAUAUCCCUGGAGCUACGAUUCCAACAAGGCAGGCUUUGUCGGGAAAAAUCCUUGAUGCAGAAAUCACCAGGGUCAAGGGAGAGAUCAAAAACACCUUCUGUAAGGGUGCUUAUUCAGUCCUUUUGGGCGAUGGCUGGAGGGAUCUAGCAAAAAUACAUCAGAUUGCUUUUACCCAUACCGUUGAACGUCGGACAUAUGUUCUACAUGUCCAUGAUACAUCAGCGAAAAGGAAGACAGGCCAACUGGUAUUCAAGAUGGAGCUUCGUCGUCAGCAUGCCAUUGAU